UAGCUUCACUAGCGGGGUCGUUGAGCCGCGGGCAGCUCAGCUGUUUUCACGGAGACACCGAGAGCAGAAAAAUAAACAGAUAUAAACUCUCUGCUGAGAGUUUUCUGGACUGACACACACCUGUACGGAUUAACGGCUUUAACGGACACUAACGGGUAACCAUUCCGCUCUUUUUUCCGGAUUCAGAGCGAUGAUGAAGCAAGACAGAAGUUUUCACCUCCACUGAGAGGAGACGAAGAGGAGCUGCUGGAGGUUCAGGAUGGAGCGCGCUCACAGCCUCCUGCUGAACGAGGAGGCAUGCGGUCAACUGGGUGAACAUCAGAGGGUGGAGUUUAUCUUUGAAUGGCUGAACCACCUGAAGAAGCUCCUCCCAGCCACCGACAGGGCCCACGUCAAACACAACCAGCGGCGUCUCAUCGACCAGCUGUCGGCCAUUCUGAUUGGCUCCCCCGGGCCGCCGACCCGCUGGCUGCUGGCCCACUGCUUGGCCCUGCUCUACCGCCUGGGUGACCCUGUUCCUGCCAGCCUGAUGGUUGAUCGAUGUAAUGACAUCAUCCGCAGUAGAGAUGACUCCCCGUCAGGCCUCCCGACCCGGCUGGCGGCCGUGGCGUGUCUUGGCGCUCUGUUCGAGCAGCUUGGGCGGAUGCUUGCCGGCUGUUUCAAAGACACGCUGACCAACCUGCUGAAGGCGAUGAAGAGCGCAGAGUCUCAGGGUCGGUAUGAGAUCAUGUUGUGUUUGGAGAAGAUCCUGCAGGGUUUGGGUGUCAGCGCCGUGUCCUCUCACCGCGACGUCUACAAGGCGGCGAGAGCCUGUCUCACGGACCGGUCUAUGGCUGUACGCUGCGCCUCCGCCAAGUGUCUGCAGGAGCUGCAGCGAGAGGCGGCGUUCCUGUGGAGCAGCGAGUUGGAGAACGUGGCCACGCUGUGCUUCAGAGCGUUUGAAGGAUCAAACUACAACGUCCGAGUUUCUGUCUCCAAACUGCUGGGGACUCUGCUGGCCGCUGCGGCGGAGCCCAGACAGACGGCAGCAGCCCUGAGGCCGAGUGGGCGGGGUCGGAGCUCCCUGGAGGAGGUGAUGGAUUUGUUGUCGGGGGGGUUUCUGCGGGGCGGGGCAGGUUUCCUCAGAGCCAGCGGAGACAUGCUGAAGGGGACGAGCUCGGUGGGCAAAGACGUCCGCAUCGGGGUCACACAGGCCUGUGUGGUCUUCGUCUCCACCCUGGGCGGCUCCUGGUUGGAGACGAACUUCCCGGCCUUCCUGUCCCUGCUGAUGGAGCUGGCGUCUCAUGGCAGGGCCACGCAGACUCCGGGCGAUGCCGUGUUGACCCGCCGCUGCGUCUCCUUCAUCCUGAGGAGCACCCUGGGGUCCCUGCUGGGGGAGAAGGCUCAGACCAACGCCGCCAAACAGCUCUGCCUUGCUGUAGCGCAGCAGAAAAAAGCUAUCGAUGCAGCUCUGACUGACGGGAACGUGGAGACCAGAGUUUCUUCUGCAGACGUCUCGGCCAGUCAGCACGUGUUGGUCUGCUGUCUCCUGGAACUGGGAGGACUCAUACAGGGACUGGGAUCCACCGCAGCCCCCCUCCUCACAGACGGCAGCACAGCUCUCCUGGACACGGUGAUCUCCGUCCUCCUCCACCCCGCCGCUUCCGCCUCUCUGGCCGCCGCCUGGUGCCUGCGCUGUGUAGCCAUGGCGAUGCCGUCCCAGGGAUCCUUGCUGCUGGAUCACUGUGCGGAGCGGCUGAUGUCGCUGAAGUCUUCCCCCGAAGCUGUGGCCGGGUAUGGAGCUGCUGUCGCCGCCCUGGUGGCCGCGGUGCAGCACUCCCCCUUAGGAAUACCCCACACCAAAGGCAUGGUGGUGCUGGGUCUGGCUGAAGAUCUGCUGCGUUCAGCGUCUCAGAACAGUCGUAUCUCUCUGCAGAGGACUCAGGCCGGCUGGCUGCUCGUCUCUUCUCUCAUCACACUCGGCCCAGCUGUCGUAGAGCAUCACCUGCCCCGCCUGCUCCUCCUGUGGCGGUGUGUGUUCCCCGCCUCGCUCAGGGAGCAGGAGAUGGAGCUGCGACGAGGGGACUUCUUUACGUGGCAGGUUACGCUGGAGGGACGUGCCGGAGCGCUAUGCGCCAUGAAGAACCUGCUGCUGCACUGCCAGGAGCUCGUCACUGAUGACAUCAUCAGCCGCCUGCUCACGCCAUUGGCCUGCGCCAUCGCCCUGCUGACCAAGUUGCCUGCCCUCCUCAGGUCUUACGGCAGCUCAGUUCGCAGCUGGUCGGUCGUCUACAGACUGAGAGUCUACGAGCUGCUCGCUCUGCUGCCUCCUCACACAUACCAAGAGAGCUUUGGCCUGGUGAUGAACCAGCUGGUGUCUGACCUGUCGGGUCAGGAAAACCUGAACCAGUCGUGCUCAGAGCUCACCCUGCUGCCUCCUCUCUGUCACCAUGACGACCUGCCUCUGGUCGGCCCCGCCCUCCACGACACUGAUCACAGAUACAUCGAUGAACAGCUCCACGGCAGCAGUGUGGGAGGGGGCUCUCUGGAUAACGACGCCUUCAGUCUUUGUGAGAGGAGUGAUGAAGCUCCAGCUCCUCCUCCUCCUCCAGUCGCUCUGACCGCCGCCACCGUCCGCCUCUUUGGAGCGCUCCUCCCCCACAUCAUCCCCCCUCAGAGGGUGAAGAUCUUGGAGCAGUUUGUGGAAACAGUGAACCAGCUGAAGGGUCAACGCCAGCAGACCGUGCAGACACACGUCUGUGCUGCCCUCUGCAGUCUGCUCAAGCACCAGGGAGGUGUGCGAGGCUCUCUGGGGCCCGAGGAGAUCCGCUCCCCUGUGUUGUCUCUCCUGACGGGGGCGCUGGAGAGCGUCAGUCCUCUGCUGCGCUGCCUGGCUGCUGAAGGUCUGGCCCGGCUGCUUCAGGUGGUCGGCGACGCCGGCUUCACCGUCUCUGUCUCCCUGCUCUGCUUCGACAGACUGAAGACGGCUAGGGACGCGGCCUCUCGCAGUGGCUACGCGCUGGCUCUGGGGGCGCUGUACCGCUAUACCGGAGGAAUCAGCUCCCCUCAACACCUGUCCACCUGCCUGGGAGUCCUGUUCACCCUGAGCCAGGACAGCACCUCACCUGAGGUCCAGACCUGGUCCCUCCACAGUCUGUCUCUGGUUAUCGACCUGUCUGGCGGUCUGUAUUGUGCCCAUGCCGAGCCGUCCUUCACCCUGGUGCUCCGCCUUCUGCUGUCAGCUCCGCCCACUCACCCAGAGGUGCACCACAGCCUUGGACGCUGCCUGCACGCCCUCAUCACCUGCCUGGGCCCCGACCUGCAAGGUGAAGGUGCAGCAGUGUCCGUUCUGCGCUCCAGCUGUCUGGUUGGAUGUGGCGUGAUGCAGGACGGUCCAGACUGUCUAGUUCAGGCCCGAUCCAUCUCCUGUCUGCAGCAGCUGCACAUGUUCUCCCCUCCUCACGUCAACCUGGCCACCCUCGUACCUGCACUCUGUGAGAUCUUGUUGGAUUAUUCCAUGUUGGCUCACCUGUGCAGCUCCUACCUCUGUCUGCGGCGGGCGGUGGUUGCCUGUCUCCGUCAGCUGGUGCAGCGGGAGGCUGUGGAGGUUUCUGAACACGCCGUGACGCUGGUCAAAGAGCUGCCGAGACGAGACAACACUCAGCUGGACGUGACCAUAAAGGAGGUGGGUCUGGAGGGAGCUCUGUUCACUCUGCUGGACCGGGAGUCAGAUCCGGGUCUGAGGAGGGACAUCCAGGAGACUCUGGUCCACAUGAUGACGUCCAGCGCUACCAGCGGGAAACUGGGACACUGGCUCAAACUCUGCAAGGACGUCCUGUCUGCAACCACAGACUGUUCGUCUCCCGUGGAGGCGAGUCAGGAGGACGAGGAGGCGGACCCCGGCAGAGACGACGACUCGUCUGCCUUCAAAGCUCGGUCCGAGUCUGGCGGCCCGUUCACGGCGCUGCGCUGGGCCACGCGCCGCUUCGCCAUGGAGUGUGUGUGUCGCAUCAUCGCUCAGUGUGAGAGCUCUGACCCCGCCCACUUUGACAUGGUUCUGGCUCAGGAGAGACGCCUGCACGAGUCCACAGACUUCCUGGUCCUCCAUCUUGGUGACCUGGUCCGUAUGGCGUUCAUGGCGGCGACCGAUCACAGCGAUCAGCUGCGCCUGGCGGGACUUCAGACGCUGCUGGUCAUCAUCAGACGCUUCUCCGCCAUCCCUGAACCAGAGUUCCCAGGUCACGUGAUCCUGGAGCAGUACCAGGCCAACGUUGGAGCUGCUCUCAGACCAGCCUUCUCUGCAGACGCUCCUCCAGAUGUCACAGCCAAAGCCUGUCAGGUGUGCAGCGCCUGGAUCGCCAGCGGUGUGGUGAGCGACCUGCGUGACCUGCGGCGAGUCCACCAGCUUCUCGCCUCCUCAUUGGCUAAAGUUCAGUCAGGUAGGGACACCUGCAGUCAGCUGUACAACGAGGCCACCGCUACCAUGGAAACGCUGGCUGUGCUGAAAGCGUGGGCCGAGGUUUACAUCGUCGCCGUGGAGAGGAGCACACAGAAGGAAGCUCCUGAUAGGACGGCUGAUCUGUCGGUCUCUUCUUCAGCCAAUGUCAGCUCAGGCUCGGAGUCAGGAGAGGCGGGCCUUCUUAAGUUGGUCCAGUCAGAUCUGUCCACACUUAGCCGUCUGUGGUUGGCGGCGCUGCAGGACUACGCUCUGUUGACCCUCCCACACGAGUACGCAUCACAGCUACCUGACACAGGAGGUUCUUUCUACACAGCCGAGACGUUGAAGCAGGCCAGAGCUCAUUACACCUCCUCCUGGGCUCCCAUCCUCCACGCCACCUCCCUCUGGCUCCACAGCACCGGUUUCUUAAUGCCGGACGAUUCGCCUGCAAACCUGUCCAGACCGGCCACGCCCACCUCCAUGGGACACACCGUGGGCGGGGCCAAGAGUCCAGAGGACAUCAACUCAGACAGACUUCAUCUCAUACUGGGGAUCAGCGUGGAGUUCCUUUGUUCUCCGCACUCUGAGGACCAGAUGGAGAACAUCACUUCCUGUCUGCGGGCUCUGCAGGCGCUGCUCGACGUCUCAUGGCCUCGAGCCAAGAUUGGAAACGACCAGGCUCUGAGCGUGGAGCUGCUGAGCGUCCUCCACAGGCUGAUGGUCACCAGAGAGUCGGUGUACAUUCAGCUCGCCGUGUUGGAUUUACUGCGUCAGAUCGUGACGGCGGCUCAGGAGCACGUCAGAGAGAAACGCCACAGCGCUGAAGUGGACGACGGUGCGGCGGAGAAGGAGACGCUGCCAGAGUUCGGAGAGGGUCGGGACACCGGCGGUUUGAUUCCCGGACACUCGCUGGUGUUUGGAGCGCUGGAGCUGUGCCUCUGUGUGCUGGUCCGGAAACUUCCACAGCUCAGCCCUAAACUGGCCAGUCCCACUGGUCCUGGAGGAUCAGUCUGGAGUUUGACGGACAGCGACUGUCAGCUUGUGGCCUCGGCGCUGUGUGUCCUCUCUGAGCUGCCGUCGGUCUGCUCUCCAGAGGGCAGCGUGUCCAUCCUCCCCACAGUCCUCUACCUGCUGCUGGGAGUCCUCAGAGAGCUCGUCCACCAGCCCAGCACACACACGGCGGUCUCAGUGGGCGGGGGCAGUGCCAGUCUGAGCGUGGUGAUCCAGGCAGCUCUUCAGGCCCUGAAGUGUGUUGUGACGUCUCCGAUGAGCCGGCAGGAGAAGAGCCGAGGAGCCUGGAACGUUCUGCUGAGAUCUGCUCUGAACACACUGCUCGGACUGUGGGACGCAGGAGACCGUGCAGUGGAUCAGGUGAGUCUGCUCACCGCUCUCACCGUCUUCCUGUGCUCUGCCGGUCCUGACGUCUGCACCGUCGAGCCUCUGCACAUGCUCAGUCUGCAGCGCUUCACCGCCAGCAUGGAGGCCAAAGACCCGCUGGUCGUGAGUCGCUGUUAUCAGCUGUUGACGUCAGUGUUUCAGGCUCCGCCCACCGUGGCCGUCCCAUACAUCCAGGCGCUCGGACCGCCGCUGGUUCAAUUCCUCCAGAGGGUGGAGAGGAGUCGUCCUCAGAGUCCGGAGGAACUGCUGGGAGUCCUGGAGGGAGUCCGAGCCAUGGAGGCGCUGAUCCAGGCUGCAGACGAGUCCCAGCGUCCUCAGCUGGUGGCCGUCUUGUUGCCCCUCCUCAUCUCCUUCCUCCUGGAUGAAAACGCUCUUGGCUCCGCCCCCGCUGCGUCCCGUUCUUUGCACGAGGCAGCACUCAAAGACCUGAUGCGCCUCGGCCCCCAGCACUCAGCCGUCUUCAGGUCUCUCAUCUCGUCGUCUCCUCACCUGAAGUCUCGUCUCGAAGCCGCCGUCAAAGGAAACCAGGAGAGUCUGAACGCUAAAGCUGGCAGCGCUAACCCCCGCAGCGCAGCCAAGUCCUCCCCCAGCAUCACGCUCAAGACCAACUUCCUGUGAAGACGGCUGCGACGGCAUUUUGAUGUCACGUCACCAUCGUACCGCGCUGCAUUCACUGUCCCCCGGGACAAACGGUACUGUUGGUGUCAGUAAUGAAAUUUGCGAGGGUGUGCGACACGCCGACAUGUUGGAACGAUGACAGUAGACAAGAAAGACACGUUAUGACAUCAUUUCCUCUUUCCUCUUUGGACUACAAUCUGUGAUGUCAUCAGGACUCCUCCAACAUGGCGGUGUUCUGAUGUUCCACACGCUGCAUGUCACUGUAGAUCACUUUCUUCUCCAUAAGCGUCACUCGUACACUCUGCUGACCGUUUCCUCUCAUAGAGCCUCUGAUGCCAUCGACUCACUGAUCGAUUGAUCGUGUCUGGGAGGAAGGAAACAGCUCAAACUCUGGUGGAGCGUUUGGGAAACGUUCAGCAGGGACGAUGUUGAUCAGGGCAUGAAAUCAAAACAGAAACGUGUUUUUAACGUUGAACAUGAAGACGUGGAGGUCGUGAAAAUGUUCUAUAUCACGUGUUUUCAAACGAUACAAUCUUUUAUCUUCAUGAUCGAUUAGGAUUUAAAAACAACUGAUGACUCUUUAGUGGGUGUGUAGGACUUGUAUUCCUGUUACCGUGGUAACAAACAGGUAUCAACAUUGUUUGAUUUUAAUCAUAUCGAAGUUUAAAUUCUGGUCUCGUGACGACACUACAGACGGCUGCUUAAAGGAGAAGUUUUUUUAUAUUUCACAUGAAACACUUUGAAUAAAACUUUAUCGAUUCAGAGAUCUGUGACAUUCCUGUUUGUUAGGGAGGGAAACGUUUCAAUCGCAGAAUCAGACGUUCAGACUGACGAUUGUGAACGAAUCAGCCUGUUAGAGGUCAAACUUCUUAGAUUAAAGUUUGAAAUGUACGGUGGCUGUGAAGUGCAAAACUAACUUGCAAAGUGUGUCGUUAGUAAAUUUGUCUCAACGCUCGUAAAAUCGUUUCACAUUUUGUUGGUUUGUUUUGCACUUCUCAGCCACUGUAGAAAUUAAGUGAAAAACAAAAAGGUGAAAUUAAAAUUGUAAAAGUUUAUUCUGUCUUUAAUUCAGAUCUGUCUUGUUAGAAAGUUUUAUAAUGGUCCAGAGUGUAAUAAAUAUAACAGAAACUUUGUAACGUAGACGGAGUGGCUUCGACCAAUCACAGGACAGCUUGACUCCUCCCACCUGGCUCUCCAGGUACGACUGAACUAAACAAGCAGCGGCAGAUCGACGGUGUGUUCAGGUGUGUCAGUUAAUAAACUAACCUGUUAGUGAAUGUGAAAUACAGAGGAGGAGUCAGACAGUGAACGCAUCGUGAAGAGCAUUUUAUUUUUAUAGUGAUGUGAGGAUUUAACAACACUGUGAUGGAUGUGUUACGGUGGCCUGUGAGGGACACUUAGUCAUCAGCGCACUUUAGUUUAACAAACACUACAUAAUCACGUCAACCACGUCGUGUAGAAUGUCGAGAAUUAAUCGUCUGAAUGUGAACGUUCAAACAAUUCAUGAUGUCAUCAUAAAACAAAAAUCAAUAAAGAUUCACCUGCACUACGAAGACGACUGUGUGUACAGGUGUGUGUGUUUCUAUGUGUUGUUUUCUAACAGCUGAGACUCAAUAAAAACCUUUUUCUUCAAA